CGCUAUGUUCCUGGUUCGCCGAUAUUUCGCGAUGAUUGCAAAACCCCGCCGAUAACACCUGCCCCACCAUCAACGCCGAAGAGUCGCGGUAAAGGCGUUGGUCCGAACAACUUUCAUGCCAUGACCGUUUCUGUGGCGCAAACAACGCAAGGAGGCUCCAUUAUUACCGCCACCACAAAACCGUGUACCGCUUCCAGCUGUUACGCUUCCACUCGUACGGCCGCUAUGAUGGCACUCGCAUUGGGGCAUCGACCGACAAGUCCUGCAAUGGCAACAACAACUAAACCAGCUGCAAACAAUAGCAAUCACACAUCAUCAUCGACGAACAGCAAAUACCACAAUUCCAACUCCAACUCUAGCCCACCAUCAGCCGGUGUCACAAACAAAUUUCCACAAUCGGUGCAACGCAAUUCCAGCAACAACAUCACAAACAAUCGCCACACCACCGUUGCAGCUGUGCACAUGAAUGGCGGCACUGGUAGUGGUGUAGGACUUGGCAGUGGCGGGAGCGCUUCUAGCGGUUCGGAUAAUGACGGGUUCAACACCUCGUCAUCGUCAUCAGCCACUGCGCUGCGUCGUUUUUACUUUAAGAGUGGCCGUAAAUCAAAAAUGAACUCCACAGCUACCACUUCGAUGACCAGUAUACCGUUAAAUGCCAUUACCACAGCAACUUCUGCGUUUCACACGUCGAUAAGUGGUGGACUGCCGCCGACAGCUGCUGCCAGCGCUGGCGCUUCAGUACCAAAGGUUGUCAUAAUGGGUUCCUCGUCAGCUUCCAUAACCGAUGCCAACAUCAAUACAUCAACGGAUUCGGCUUCGACGCUGGUGACUAGCGUUACACAUACAGACACAUCAGAAACGUGCGACUCACUGGAUUUGGGUGAUAAUUCGGGUCAGAGUGAACCGUUGUUCAGUUCACUGGAAGAACCAUUACUGACCGCUAUACAAAUCGACUCCGAACACGAAAAUGUCACCGAACUGGAAUUAACGAGUUGCAACAUUUACAAUCGACCGGAUAUGAAUGUCCAGGAUAGCACUGAGAGUCAAGAGUCAUCGCUGUCCAUUCUCACGAUUGAGCCAUCCUCAACCACACCGUUGCUUGCCUCGAAUCGCCGUCAGCAGAGCAGCAAAUGCGGCACAUCCGCGCCACCUGCCUCUAAACUAGCAGCCGCCACCACCACUAUGACCAGCAACAAUAAAGAGUGGCUGCCAAAAACUGCACCGGCGCCCAGCAGCGGCACCAAACACUUCACCUUCGAUCCACCAACAUCACCGAAAUCGGCGCGCACAAGCGAAAAGUCACGCACACAUUUCAGCUUCAAGGAACAGCAAACACAUCAGCCAGUACAUCAGGCACGCCGCAGCAGUAAUUGGGAGGAACAACGUAUGCACACAACCAAUUUCAUUGAAGAGCCCAGUCCCACAGCAAGCCGACGUGAUAACUCACCAAAUCGCAGCAAAUAUCGAGCUUAUGCUGCACAGCGUCAUGCCGCUGCAGCCGCUGCGGCACACGCCUAUUACGAGCAACAUCAUCUUGCGGACGAUGAGGAAUCCUUGGAGGGAACGCGUAGCAAGAAAUCACGUUCACGUGAAACAAGCAGUAGCACCAGACAACGUUUCCCACCGGGCAGUAGUGGCACCGCCACUAGUCCAAAACGCGAACAACGCCGAUCGCCGUCCAGUUCGGCGCCUCCCACUAUGAAGGAGGGGCACUUUUUCACUACCGCUAUCAGUAAACCAAAGCAGCUGUCGCCUGCCUCACAGCAGCGCAAGUACUCGUCCAGCUCCUCGUCGGGUGGCAGUGAACGCGGACGGGAACGCGCCAAGGACUCAACAAUGUUCCCGUUUGAUCGUGAAGCUAUCGAUUAUGAUCGCAUCCAACGCGAAUGCUUCGCUGUCGAUGAAAACUCCAGUUCGGCUACCACAACCAGCGACUCAGACGAUGCAGAGCCAUGUUCGGUGUAUGAGCGCAAAAUGUCUGUACAUCAUAUAUCGCCGAGCAAAAUUGGCGAGGUCUUUCAGCAAUACAAGCUGCUGGCACAAAACGAGCAAAUGCCACAAACGGCGGAGACGCAGCCUAGCGGACCACCGUCGCGCAAGAAUUCGAAACGUAUUCGACCCAGUUCCGUAAUCCACGCGACAAUACGUGAAAGUCAGACAUAUGUGCCGCAAACCGAUGCUUUCUAUCCGCAGAAGGUCAAACAACAAUCCCCAAGCGAGUAUGCAGCACUGUGCCCGGGUGCCGGCGCUGUGGGAAGUAGACAGCAUUCACCCAAAUCUUAUAGUGAGUUAAACAAGUUCGAGGAGAUCGCCUCGAAAUUUGAGCAGAUUCCACCGAAACAACAGCCGCAUGGGAAGUCAACGGGUGGCGGCGGCAGUCCAUCCGGCAGCAACAAUAAUAUGUUGAUUGGCAGCACAUUGCAGGCAACAAAUGGCAGUGGCAACAACAAUGGUGUUGGUAGCGGUGCCAGUGGUGGUAUAGUAGCGGGUAGCGUGGCACCGACGUCAAGCCCAACCGGGUCAAUGCGCGGCAUGAUAUCACCGCCACUGCCAAAUCUACGUGUGGACUUCUUUGCCGAGGCACAAAUGAUGCAUCCACGCAAGCGUUCGUCCAAAAAGAAAUCAUCGGCAGGCCUUACCAGUGCGACGCACGACAUUUUGGAUGACAGCCAAAGGGGUGUUGGCGGAGGAGUAGGCAUGUUGCUGGCGGCUGGAGCAAGCAGCGCUGGGCCCAUCAACGUCACCUCAAAUCCAAUGGAUGUGGCGGUGUGUACACCACCGCGUGCCACCAUUGUCGUGCAACAACCAUCUCUGAGCUUAGACAACACCGUGGAAACGUUGCUUAUCAAGAACGAAGGUGAUUUCAUCAGCGUCGAGCAGGGCAAAGAGACAUUAACGGCAACGGGCGCAACAGUGGUGGCAACCGCCGGCACAGCACACGUGCAUGCACGCAAACGUAACUCACAGCAACUGCAACAUCCACCACAUCACCCGAUCACCGCACAUCAUCAACAUCAGACAACUGCACAGCAGCAGCAACAACAGCAACAACAACAACAGAAACGUGAUGAAAACAUGCGGCAAUUGUUAGAUGUAACAAAUACGUUGACAUUCGAAGAGUUACGUGAUUUUGAAAUGCGUUAUGGUUCACCACAUCAUAGUCGUUCGCAGUCGGUGAAAACACCAGGCAGUCGUGCGUCAGGACGUCCUAAUCAACUAUGUCUGCCACAACAGCGUUCGCGCGUCGCUUCAAUGCCAAAUACCGGCGUGGAGGAGGAGUACUAUAGACUGAGACAUUUUUCCAUCACGGGCAAAGGUGUAGUAAAUCGGGGAGAUUCGCUAAAAAGUCGACGUAGUCGUUCCAACAACAGUGUAGCGAGCUCAAAUUCGAGCACGGAGCACUUGACCGCCGCCCAAAUUCCAGCACCGAAUUCGGCACGCACAUCGGCCACCUGCAGCUUAGCAUCCAGCCGUGAGAGCAGCACCUCAAAUCCAGGCAGUGGACCAUACAGAGUACUCAUGCUCGGCGGCCCAGCAGUGGGCAAAAGUUCGCUGGUCUCACAAUUUAUGACUUCUGAGUAUUUACACGCCUAUGACACAAGUAUUGAUGAUGAAUCUGGUGAAAAAGCUGUCUCAGUAUUACUUAGCGGCGAGGAGUCCGAAUUGAUUUUCAUUGAUCACGCCUACACAGAAAUGAAUCCUGAUGAUUGCUUAUCCAGUUAUGAUCCGCACGGUUAUUGUGUCAUUUAUUCGGCUGCUGACCGCAGCAGCUUUACUGUGGCCGAGCAUGUGCUGCAAGUAUUAUGGACGAAUCAAAAUAUCGCACAAAAAGCUGUUAUAUUGGUGGCAAAUAAGGCUGAUUUGGCGCGAAGCCGACUGGUAACAACCGAUGAGGGCAAAGCCAUGGCCACUGCCUAUGAUUGCAAAUUCAUUGAAACCUCGGUGGGCAUUAAUCACAAUGUCGAUGAGCUGUUGGUCGGUUUGUUGUCACAGAUACGUUUGAAAUUGGAAAAUCCGGAAAAAUCAAGGGAUCUAUUCCGCAAACGUUCGAUUCGCAAGUCUAAGCGUCGUGCCUGCUCCCCGCUCAGCGGCGCCUGUCUAACUGGUGGCACUAACCCCAACACACCGCUGGGACCAAUGAAUAAUGUCAUUUCCGAUGUGAAUACACCGCCCGGCAGUGCACAAAGCAGCCCUCGCAAAUACCGUGGCUCCCGCACAUCAACCAGCUUGAAAGUGAAAGGUCUGUUGGGUCGCGUCUGGGCACGAGACUCCAAAUCGAAAAGCUGCGAGAAUCUGCAUGUGUUGUAAGCAGCUAGCAAAGCGCUCUCACGCUCUCGUCCACUCACCUGUUCAACAUGUGAACGCUGUAGCCGUAUGUGUGUAUGUGUGUAUGUGGAUUAAAAAGUAUGCAAGAAUGCGUGAAGCAGCACGCAAAGAAUUCGAGUUAUGAGAAAAACGUUGAACUAAACUAAGAAAAACAGUAAAUUUGCUGUUGUAAUUGCAAGCAGUAGCUGCAUAACUACAUAAAGAACUGCAAUUUCUAGGAAUUUAAGUGAAAAAUGUGUGUUGUAUGGAAAACGUAUGCGACUCAAAAAUAUAUGAGAAUACGGUAUGAUUCAUUUUUUAUAUCCUGUAAAUACAAUAGUAAUAUUGUUUUUUUUUUCUUUUUUGGAAUUAAAUUAAGUAAAAUUGCAUCUAUCAUUGUAUUUGGUCGGUAUCUUUUUAUGAAUAGUAUUUAAAGUCGUAAUUGAAAAGCAAUUACAUAUACACUUUACAUAUACAAACAUACGUUCAUGCAUUGGAAAUAUUUUUUUUUUUUUUUGCUUUUGUAGAUUUUUUGGAAUUAUCUGUUCCUGAUUUUGUAUUGUCAUAGUAUUUAUACAAGUAAAUUAUAUAUAUAUUUAUAUGUUUAAGUUGAUUGUAAAUGUUUUUAAUAAAAAAAAAAUAUUUUGAUUAUUGGAAAUUAAAAUUAUAUUUGUUUUUUUUUUACACGGGGAAAUCCUCUAGUUGAAUUUUUACAUGUUACAUAAGAGCGUGGCUACUGUUAAAUAAUAACAACAAUUAAUUUUUCGAAAUUUCGCAAAUUUAUUGAUAAUUUGGUCGUCAAUACUCAAUGCAAAUACGACCUCAGUAGCAAGUCCAAUCUCCUGCAUUGUCAAUUAUGGCCUGGCACAGUCGUGGCAUACUUUCCACUACUUUUUCUGCAUAUUCUACUGGAAAAGACUUCCGAAUUUUCCGAAUUUGUCGAGAAAGUAGAUCUAAUUUACAUGGCUUGCGUCUGCGAAGCUGCAUUUUCAUCAGAGCCAACACAUUUUCUAUGGGAUUUGCAUCCUGUGACUUAGAUGGCCAAACCAAAGUGGCAACUCCGUUGUGGGCCCGCCACUCGCUACACGCGCGACUCCGAUGUUUCGGAUCGUUGACCUCUUGAACGAUCCAGCUCUCAUUGUUCUUGAUAUACCACCAUU